AUGCGCGGGCGGAGUGAGCUCCCCAAGGCGAGGUCCACUCUUAUCAUGGACAACUUGCACGCGCAGACCACGGACGAGUUCAAGGAGUAUCUUGCGAAGCACUGCAACACUCCCGCCUGGUAUGGCCCUUCGGAGUGCACGGACGAGGUGCAGCCAGUUGAUGCAGGAGCCGGACGAUUUCUCAAGGUGAAAGUCGGGAGGCAGAUGGACAUAUUGCUCGAGCAGUCGGACAACCUCGAGAGGUGGGAAACCGCGUCGCUGAGAGCUUCUGAUGGGCGCGUCCUGAUCACUCAGUGGAUGGGAGCGGCCAUGGCAAGACUCAACAGCCAACAGGCGUACCGAUACCGUCUUUUCCAAAAGUGCGGGAUGGCCAUGACCGUGGACGGCUCGGGCGAUGAUCGAAUCACCUUGGAGGGUUUGGACAAGCCGUAUACCUUCGCUAACGAUGAAGACAGUAGCGACGACGAACAAGGUUCGGAGAACGGCAACGAUGAGCCUGAGGGGCGGGCGGAGGAGGGCGAUGGAGGACGUGAGACGCUCAUGGAGGGCGUUGACUCCAGCGAUGAAGACGACGGCGACAUCUCUCAACCCCAGACCGACGAGCUAGCGCUUCUGGACGACGACGACAGCAUGGACCCACAAGACCCGGAGGGUGGGAUACAGGGAAUGGAGAUCCCGGCAGGCUUUCGUAUUCAAGAAGCUAAACCGGUUGCUCUUGACAGAUUGCUUUUGCGGCGUGGAGUGCUCGUUAGGCUGGGCAUGGGGUGGUUUGGAGGGCUGAUCACUCAACAAUCUCAGAAGGACACUCGCCACCUGUACGACUACUGUGUGCAGCUGGAGCUAGACCAGAGUACGCGCAAGAUGAAGUUGCCCUUAGACAAGUACAGCGGAGAUUCGGAUGCGGCUGUAGGCUCCUGCGUGUUGCAUUAGUAGAUGAGGAAGGGUACGCAAGACCAACGUCACCCUUGUGGACCAAGAAGGUUGACAGUUGCUGCUCCAUGCCUUGGUAUUUUCUUUUAUCGACAGCAGUACUAGUGUUGCUCAUGGUUGACAGCCGACAAUAUAGCAAAUGGUGUUCAAAUACUGUAAGAACAAGAACGCCCCUUUUCUGGAGAAGAAUGGACGACGAAAUAAGAACUUGGCAAAUAAGAACUGGUGCUCGGGUUGGGGCAGCCAAUAAAGAACUGAGCCUCCCCCAAAAUAGGAGGUUCUUAAGUGCGGGCCGGCACUAUAU